CCGCAUCUCCCCCCCAGCCCGGAUGUUUUUGUUUUCUUCCCCCAGUGCAUUUUAUUUCUCGUUUGUUGACAGUUGCGCUCUCUUCCUCCAUUUCUGCGAGGCGAUGAAAACGAUUCCGGUCUAGCGAUAGGAUUUAUUUUUUAUUUAUUUUUCAUAUGUGGAUCACUCCCCCCCCCCUCCUCUCUCUCUCUCUCCCCGUUUCUCCUUUUGUAUUGUUUCAUGUCCAAAGACUAAGAUGAACCCCUUCUGGAAUUUUAUUUGAGGCGCGGGAAAAAGGGGGUCGGAGGCGUUGCAAGAAAGGGUGUCGUCAAGGCUCCUGCAAGAUGAUGCUGAGCCCGGACCAGGCGCUGGACUCGGACCACCCGUCGUCGGCGCCGUCGGACCCGGAGUCCCUGGAGGCCAAAGGGCUUCGCAGCUGCUGCGCCUCGGACUUGGAGGCGCCCGACGGCGACGGGGCGGGAGGCGGCGGCGAGGGUCGCCCGGGGCCGCACCCUCAGCAGCCGCUGAGCCGCGAGGAGAAGCGCCGCCGGCGCCGCGCCACCGCCAAGUACCGCUCGGCGCACGCCACCCGGGAGCGCAUCCGCGUCGAGGCCUUCAACCUGGCCUUCGCCGAGCUGCGCAAGCUGCUGCCCACGCUGCCGCCCGACAAGAAGCUCUCCAAGAUCGAGAUCCUGCGCCUGGCCAUCUGCUACAUCUCCUAUCUCAACCACGUCCUCGACGUGUAGGACAGGCGCGCGCCUCCCUCCAGGGGCGGCGCCAGGCGGGGCCGAGAGGGCAAGAAACCCAGGGCCCGGGGUGGGGUUGACGGCGGUGGCAAGCCGGUAGGGGUCCCCCGAAGGCCCGAGGGCCCGUCCCAGGCUCCCCCGGCGCUUUGCAGAGGCGCUGCCCGCGCUGGAAGCCAAGCGCACCGUGCGCUCCGCGCGGCUUCCUGCGCCCCGAGGGC